AUGAGCGCCGUCGUUCGAGUAAGAACCGCUCAUGGUAACUUCAUUCAAUGUCGAGCGUUGUUAGAUAUCUGCGCGACGGCGCAUUUUGUCACAGAAAAAUUCGCCCGAACAUUGAAAUUACCCAUAUCUCCGUGUGAAAUUCCGAUCGGCGCGAUCGACGGCAUGAGUACCGCAUCGAACGGCGUUGUUGAGUUUUCCUUUCGUUCAAUCCAUAGUGAUUUUCACAAAAAACUUUCAUUUCUCGUGGUGCCUGAGAUCGCUGAGAGUAUUCCAGGUUUUCCGUUCCUGCGUCAAGCGAUUAAAUUACCAGCCAAUUUAAAACUAGCAGACCCGCAAUUCCACGUACCGCCGCCGGUUGACAUAAUCGUUGGUUCCGGGGCCACCUUAUCGCUCUUAUCAAUCGGUCAAAUCAACAUAUCACGGAAUAAUUGCGACCUCUUUUUAAAAAAGACUCAGCUCGGUUGGGUCGUCGUCGGCGGAGUAGCUCCCACCGACGGAACGGGGGUCGUCUCAUAUAAAUUAACUGAGUUAACCGAACAAAUAGCUAAAUUCUGGCUGAUCGAAGAUACAACCGCCAAAAAAUCUGAGUCGUCAGAAAACGUGGAAUGCGAGUUUCAUUACGCGCAAAACACCACACGCGAUAGCUCGGGGAGAUACUUUGUACGGUUACCAUUUAAACAAGCAAAGAGAGAUUUCGGAAACAUCCGGUCGAUCGCAUUAUGUCGUUAUUACGCGUUACAAAAAAGACUCACGACUAAUCCGAUACUUAAACGAGAAUAUGAUCGAAUCACGCAAGAAUACAUCGAUUUAGGCCAUAUGUCGUUGGUCUCGGACGAUUCGGAGGGCGGAUAUUAUCUCCCUCACCACGCGGUUAUGAAGUCUUCGAACGCGACCACUAAAGUACGCGUAGUCUUCGACGCAUCGGCGAAGUCAAACAGGGGCGUAUCCCUAAAUAACACAUUGAUGAUUGGUCCUACUAUUCAAGACAAACUAUUUGAACAUUUAGUACGUUUUCGCAAUCAUAAUUACGUAAUCACCUCAGAUAUAGAGAAAAUGUACCGACAAAUUUGGGUACAUCCCGACGAUCGUCAAUUUAAAAAAAUUUUCUGGCAUUACGAGAAUCGCGUGCGAACUUUCCAAUUAAAUACUGUAACAUUCAGCAUAUCGUCGGCACUGUUUUUAGCAAUACGAACAAUACAGCAACUCGCGAACGAUGAGGAGUCUAAAUUUUCGAUCGGUGCGAAAAUACUAAAAUGCGACUUAUACGUCGACGAUUUGCUCACCGGAGCAAACACCCUCGAAGAGCUCAUACAAAUCCGCGAUGAAACUAUUAACAUUUUAAAACGCGGCGGGUUUAAUAUUAGGCAGUGGGCGUCAAAUCACCCACAAGCCCUCGAGGGUUUAAAUGAACGAAUAAUUGAUGUAGAAUUCAUCACGAACGAAAAUCCGAUAUUGAAGACGUUAGGGAUCUCGUGA